GUCAACAUUUCCCAAUGCUAGCAAUCUAAUUCUUCCUCAGAGAGAAAAACACAGAGAGAUGGAAGAGCAAAGGCAGAGACACCAAAGAAUAGUGCUGGUUCCAUGUCCCUUCCAAGGCCACAUAAAUCCGAUGUUUCAAUUGGGCUCAGUUCUUCAUUCCAAGGGAUUCCCCAUCACAAUCGCUCACACCCAAUUCAACUUUCCCAACACAUUAAACCACCCUAAUUUCAAUUUCCUACCCAUUGUCGAUGGCUUCUCCAAUUGUAAUGUCUCCUCUGUGAAUUUUAUAGAUGUCAUAUCUGGUUUCAAUAGCAACUGCAAAGCUCCACUUCAGGAGUUAAUGGCUCAGAUGAUGGAAGCAAAGGAGUAUCAAGAUGAGAUUACCUGCAUCAUUUAUGAUGAAUACAUGUAUUUUGCAGAAGCAGUUGCAAACUAUCUCAAGCUUCCAAGCAUCAUCUUGAGCACAAGCAGUGCUAUAAGUUUCCACACAAUUCUUCAGCUCCUAAAGGACAGGCACAAUUCUACACAAGAUGCAGAUUCGAUGUCCCCGGAACUAGUACCAGAGCUUCAACCUCUCAGAUUCAAGGAUCUACCUAUUUCCAAUUUCAACAACAUAGAAGACUUAUUGCAGCUAAUAGCUAAAGCAAACGAGACAAGAAUGUCUUCAGCCAUCAUUUUGAACACCAUGAACUGCCUUGAACAAACAUCACUGGUGCAGCUCCAGCAACGAUGCCAAGUUCCACUCUUCACGAUAGGCCCUUUUCACAAGAUAGCUCCAGCCGCAUCCAGCAGCCUAAUGGAAGAGGACAAUAGCUGCAUUGCAUGGCUUGAUGAGCAAAUGCGUAACUCCGUCAUCUAUGUAAGCUUAGGGAGUAUAGCAUCCAUGAAGAAGAAAGAGCUAGAAGAAAUGGCAUGGGGUCUAGCCAACAGCAAGCAACCUUUCCUGUGGGUGGUUAGACCAGACCAAACUGAUGGUUUGGAAUGGAUAGAUCCACUGCCUGAUGGUUUCAAAGAAGCUAUUGGAGGAAGGGGUUGCAUUGUGAAAUGGGCACCUCAAAAGGAAGUGUUGGCACACAGUGCCGUUGGAGGGUUUUGGAGCCAUUGUGGUUGGAAUUCAACCCUCGAAAGUAUCUGUGAAGGUGUCCCAAUGAUAUGCCAGCCAUUUUUUGGGGAUCAGAGGGUGCAUGCAAGGUACUUGAGCCAAGUAUGGAAAAUAGGUAUGGAAUGGGAAAACAACUUGGGAAGAGGAGAGAUAGAAAGAGCUGUAAGAAAGCUUAUGUUGGAUAGAGAAGGAGAGGAGAUGAGGCAGCGGGCAAUGGAGCUGAAGGAAAUGAUUGAUGAUUCUAUGAAGGAAGGUGGUUCUUCUUACAAUUCUUUAAAUGAGUUGGUAGAUUAUAUCCUGUCACUUUAA